UUUGGGCCGACUCAACAGCCUCAAAGAAACUAUCUUCCAAAACCUAGUUCAAAUCCCAUAUAUCUUUCUCCCCUUCAUUUCUUUUCUGCCUCCAUUUCAUCUCUGUUGAACCAUGUCAAUGGAAGAGGAACAAAUUCCACCAUGCCAAGACAUGCAGUCUCUCUCGGUCAAUGCCUCCGAUUCAAAUUCUACACCUGCGUCCUCCUCCUCUUCUUCCCAGUUGAGUGCAGAGGAGAGAUUUCGGAUCGUAAGGAGCGUUGGAGAAGAGUGUAUACAAGAGGAUGAACUCUUCAAUCUUCUUUCCAAAAAGCCUCAACCCAUUUGCUAUGAUGGGUUCGAGCCUUCUGGGAGAAUGCACAUUGCCCAGGGAGUUAUGAAGACGAUAAAUGUGAAUAAACUGACUUCUGCUGGUUGCAAAGUGAAAAUUUGGAUUGCUGAUUGGUUUGCCCAGCUAAACAACAAAAUGGGAGGAGACUUGAAGAAAAUUCAAACGGUAGGACGUUAUUUGAUUGAGAUAUGGAAGGCAGUUGGGAUGGAUCUUGAAGGAGAUAAAGUUGAAUUUCUAUGGUCUUCAGAGGAAAUUAACUCUCGGGCAUCUGAGUACUGGCCUCUUGUAAUGGAUAUAGCUCGCAGGAACAAGCUUCCCAGGAUAAUGAGGUGUGUUCAAAUAAUGGGUCGUAGUGAGCAAGACGAGCUGACAGCAGCCCAGAUUCUUUAUCCAUGCAUGCAGUGUGCUGACAUAUUUUUUCUCAAGGCUGACAUUUGUCAGUUGGGCAUGGAUCAACGGAAAGUGAAUGUACUUGCAAGAGAAUACUGUGAUGACAUCAAGAGGAAAAACAAGCCUAUCAUUUUAUCUCAUUACAUGCUCCCCGGUUUACAGCAAGGUCAAGAAAAGAUGUCUAAAAGUGAUCCAUCUUCUUCCAUCUUCAUGGAGGAUGAAGAGGCAGAAGUAAAUGUGAAGAUCAAGAAGGCAUACUGUCCUCCAAAAAUUGUUGAUGGGAAUCCUUGUUUGGACUACAUCAAAUGUAUUAUCUUUCCUUGGUUUAAUGAAUUUAAGGUGGAGCGCAGUGUUGAAAAUGGUGGAGAAAAGACUUUUAAAAACUUUGAAGAAGUUGUUGCUGAAUAUGAAAGUGGUGAAUUGCAUCCUGGUGACCUGAAACCUUCUCUGGCUAGAGCAUUGAAUAAGAUAUUGCAGCCUGUACGUGACCAUUUCAAAAAUGAUGCUGAUGCUAAGGAUCUGUUGAAACGGGUUAAGGCUUACAGAGUAACAAGGUGAUGUGGAAGAACAUAGCUACUUUGGUUUGUCAUGCAAAGGAAGAGGUUAUGACGCUGCCAUUAUUAAACUUAUACAAAAUUUGAAUUAUAUUGUUUAUUUUAAUGUGUUUUUACUGUUUGUGUUAGAAUAUGAAGCCAACAAUUCAAACUUAUACAAAACAAUUCCUCUCCCCA